UGAACGAUUCCCUGCCGAGUCGGGCAUCGGUAGCGCGUGUGUGAGGAUCUGAGCGUGGCUUCAGCCCGAAGAGAAAAGUUCCAGUCCGCGGAUCCGCCGAGAGAAAACAUGUCAGAGGACGAGCAGCAGGAGCAGACCAUCGCCGAGGACUUGGUGGUCACCAAGUACAAGAUGGGGGCGGACAUAGCGAACCGGGCUCUGAAGGCUGUGACUGAAGCAGCUAAACCCGGAGUGUCCGUGCUCAGCCUGUGUGAGAAAGGAGACGCCUUCAUCGCUGCAGAGACCGGCAAGGUGUUCAAGAAGGAGAAGGAGAUAAAGAAAGGGAUUGCCUUCCCCACCUGCGUGUCCGUCAACAACUUCGUGUGCCACUUCUCUCCCCUGAAGAGCGACCCUGACUACACACUGCAAGACGGUGACUUGGUUAAAAUUGAUCUUGGAGUGCAUGUGGAUGGUUUCAUCUCCAAUGUAGCUCACAGCUUCGUGGUCGGUGCGAGCAAGGACGCUCCAGUGACCGGCCGCAAGGCAGAUGUUAUCAAGGCAGCCCACCUUUGUGCCGAAGCAGCUCUGCGACUGGUUAAGCCUGGGAACCAGAACACUCAGCUCACCGAGGCCUGGAACAAGAUCGCUCAGUCCUUCAAGUGCAACGCUGUCGAGGGAAUGCUGUCCCAUCAGCUGAAGCAGCACGUCAUCGACGGAGAGAAGACCAUCAUUCAGAACCCCACAGACCAGCAGAGGAAGGAUCAUGAGAAGGCUGAGUUUGAGGUGCAUGAGGUCUACGCUGUGGACGUGCUGGUCAGCACCGGAGAAGGGAAGGCUAAAGACUCCGGCCGGAGGACCACUGUUUACAAACGGGACCCGAGCAAACAGUACGGGCUGAAGAUGAAGACCUCCAGAGUGUUCUUCAGUGAGGUGGAGAGACGCUUCGAUGCCAUGCCCUUCACCCUCAGGGCUUUUGAGGAUGAGAGCAAGGCUCGGUUGGGCGUGGUGGAGUGUGCCAAGCACGAGCUGCUGCAGCCCUUCAACGUCCUGCACGAGAAAGAAGGUGAAUUUGUUGCACAGUUUAAAUUCACUGUGCUCCUCAUGGCCAACGGACCCCUGAGGAUCACCAGCGGACUUUUGGAGCCGGAGCACUACAAGUCUGAGUUUGAGGUGCAGGAUCCUGAAAUCCAGGCCUUGUUGCAGAGCUCAGUCAGCCGGAAGGCACAGAAGAAAAAGAAAAAGAAGGCCACUAAGAUGGUAGAGGAUGCCACUGGACAGCCAGCGGAGGCGGAGAAGAAGACUGCCAAGUAGACCCCUCCUGCCCCCCUACUGCCAGCUAUACUGACCGACAGAGAGAGACGUCCUGCGAACAACCCAAAGAACAGAAUCGUCAAAGCCAGUCCUGACGUGCCCCACUGAGAAGCCUUGUGGCCUAGCCUUCUGUGUCUGUUAGCUGUUUUCCGACAGCCAUAGGGGUUCACACGUUACCGGUGUUCCCCAACUACAUGCAGUCUUGUUGUCCUCAAGGUAGGCUUCUCUAGAGGAGAUUACAGACAAGGAGGUGCUAGAUACUAACUGACCGCUUGUGUUUACAGCAGGUGCGUACCGGAGGGGGGGGGGGGGGGGGUUCUCCCUCUUACCUAACAAACUGUCAUUGUAAAAGCAAUCGCAGCAAAUAAAAGCGAAAUGGCGGCACUGUUGAAGUGUCAUUACUGCAGUGUGCCAAUUCUUAUUUACUUAGAAUUUACUGAGAGUCUUCUUUGAUUUGCUUUUGUAAUGACUGACUGGUCUAUUGGGGAGAACUGUUCUAGUUAUUUAGAUGUAAAAGUUAUUUAGUUAUGUAAAAGUGCUCAAACUUUGGUAUCAUCUCCAUCCACCUCACAGCAUCAUAGAAAUUUAGAAAAACGGACUGCAAUGGAAGCGUUGGCCUCAUAGCUGGGUAUUGAUGUAGACUGGUGUCGCUACUGUCAAACACAAUUUAUUGUUCAUAUUAGAUUUCCCAAUCAUUAGAAACACACUUUUGUGAGUCUGACCUUAACAGCCAAAUGAUCCUGCCAUUUUUUAUGAUUGUUAAAUGAAUAAAUGAAAUUGGCCAAUACAGCAA